CCGUCCCCAUGGACGCGGACAGCAGCAAGGCGAGGCUGGUGGCGGCCUGCGUGAUCGGCGGGAUCGUGCUGGGCGCGUCCGUGGUGGCGCUCCACGUCGCGGGCCCCGUGGCCGUCCCGGGCCUGCCCCCGCUCGACGCGCUGCGGCGCCGGUUCCGCCGCCGCCGCGCCCGCCCCGUGCGCGUCUACAUGGACGGAUGCUUCGACAUGAUGCACUACGGCCACUGCAACGCGCUGCGCCAGGCGCGCGCGCUCGGGGACCAGCUCGUCGUCGGCGUAGUCAGCGACGACGAGAUCACCGCCAAUAAGGGACCGCCCGUCACGCCGCUACGCGAGAGAAUGGUGAUGGUUGGCGCCGUGAAAUGGGUGGAUGAUGUCAUUCCAGAUGCGCCAUAUGCCAUAACCGAGGACUUCAUGAAGAAGCUAUUCACCGAGUACAAUAUAGAUUACAUCAUCCAUGGCGAUGAUCCAUGCCUGCUCCCAGAUGGCACCGACGCGUAUGCCCUUGCCAAAAAUGCCGGCAGAUACAAGCAGAUUAAAAGAACCGAGGGUGUGUCAACAACAGACAUUGUUGGAAGAAUGCUUCUUUGUGUUAGAGAGAGAUCAGCUUUGGAUAGGCGCAACCACUCUUCACUACAGAGGCAGUUCAGUUCUGGGCAUGGUCAGAAGAUUGACGAUAGUGGAUCUGGAAGUGCAACUAGGAUAUCUCAUUUCCUUCCGACAUCUCGGAGAAUAGUUCAGUUCUCAAAUAGCAAGGGUCCAGGACCAGAUUCUCGGAUAGUUUACAUAGAUGGUGCAUUUGAUCUGUUCCAUGCUGGACAUGUUGAGAUAUUGCGACUUGCUCGAGAGCUUGGUGAUUUCUUGCUUGUGGGUAUCCACACAGAUCAGACCAUAAGUUCUACACGAGGACCACAUCGCCCAAUCAUGAAUCUCCAUGAGCGAAGUUUAAGUGUCCUAGCCUGCCGUUAUGUUGAUGAAGUAAUCAUUGGUGCUCCAUGGGACAUUUCAAAAGACAUGAUUACAACAUUCAAUAUUUCAUUAGUCGUUCAAGGAACCAUUGCGGAGAACAUGGAUUUUGCGAAGGAUGAAUCACAUCCGUAUGCUGUCCCAAUGGAGAUGGGCAUUUACCGUAGACUGGAGAGCCCUUUGGAUAUCACUACUAGUACUAUUAUAAGGAGGAUAGUUUCUAACCAUGAAGCCUACCAGAAGCGGAACGAAAAGAAGGAAGCCAGCGAGAAGAAGUAUUACGAGGGUAAAAACUUCGUGAAUGGAGAGUAACUUGCGAACAUACCUUUUGAGAAACUAAUACUCUGUCACAAGUGCAACCACGGGUUUGCUCUUUCA